AUGCUGCUCAAGGUAGUAUCUGUACUCCUGGCACUCCAGGCAGGUGCCGUCCAUUCAUAUGUGAUCGGAGACAAAACUUUUGACUAUGUCGUUGUGGGUGGUGGCACUAGCGGAAGCGUCAUUGCAACUCGUCUUGCCCAGCAUUUUUUCACGGUCGCCUUAGUCGAAGCCGGAGGCCUGUACGAGUUCGAGUCUCUCUCAGCUGUCCCUGCAGCCGAUGUACUCACAGCAGGAUCGGAUCCUAACACGAAGUCAGUGGUUGAUUGGGGUUUUGUGACGAGCGGUCAACCUGGCGCAAAUAGACGCGCGAUACAUUAUGCUCGGGGCAAAUGUCUGGGAGGGUCGUCUGCGUUGAACUUUAUGAUUUACCAGCGGCCGACCCGCGGCUCAAUGCAAGAAUGGGCCGACGCUGUCAACGAUGAUAGCUACACUUUCGACAACACCCUCCCGUACUACAAACGCAGUGCCCACUUCACGGUUCCGAACACUAAGCUUCGAGCUUGCAAUGCGACAACAGGAUUCAAUGCAGAUGCAUUCAACUCCAACGGCGGCCCUUUGCAAGUAUCAUACUCAAAUUAUGCCCAGCCAUUCUCAUCUUGGAUGAAUCUCGGCAUGCAGGCGAUCGGGAUCAACGAGACCCAGGACUUUAACUCGGGCACCUUGAUGGGCGGGCAAUACUGCUCAUCGACAAUCGAUUCGUCGACUGAGCUUCGCAGCAGCUCGCAGGCAUCUUUCUUGGCCUCCAUCAAGCCUCCGACCCUAACGACAUAUUUGAAAACGCUUGCGAAAAAGAUUGUGUUCAACGAACAAAAGAAAGCGACUGGUGUGCAGGUGAAGGGCGUAUUCGGGAACACAUUCACACUUUCAGCCUCAAAAGAGGUUAUUCUCUCCGCCGGCGUGUUCCAGUCUCCGCAGCUGUUGAUGGUAUCAGGCGUCGGCCCAGCAGAUGAGCUGAACAAACAUGACAUCAAAGUCGUUGCCGACCGGCCAGGUGUUGGUCAAAACAUGUGGGACCAUCCGUUCUUUGCGCCUUCGUAUCGUGUACAGGUCGACACUCUUACCAAGAUCGCGACAAACCUUAUCUAUGCAGCUGUUCAGCUCUUGAAUGGGGUAGUAGGGAGAUCGGGCCCUUUGACGAACCCCGUCGCUGAUUACCUAGCCUGGGAGAAGAUCCCGCAAGCCUUACGCUCGAAAUUCACCCAGAAGUCUCAAUCCGCUUUGGCUGAGUUCCCAGUGGACUGGCCCGAGGUUGAAUACAUCUCCGGUGCAGGCUAUAUUGGCAAUGUCUCCAAUCUGCUGUCUGAUCAGCCGAAGGAUGGAUAUCAGUACGCCUCUAUCCUGGGCGUUCUGGUCGCGCCCUUGUCGCGUGGCAACAUUACGCUUAAUUCUUCCAAGACUGAGGACCUGCCAAUCAUCAACCCCAACUGGCUCGAUGACCCAACUGACCAAGAAGUCGCGAUUGCCACGUUCAAAAGAAUGCGCGAAGCAUUUCAGAGUGAGGCGAUGGCACCCGUGGUCAUAGGACAAGAAUACUACCCCGGUCUUCAAGUCCAGAGUGACGGUGAGAUCCUCGAAUACGUCAAAAACAACGUCAUGACUCUUUGGCACGCGGCUUGUACGUGCAAGAUGGGCAAGUCUGACGAUGCGAUGGCUGUGGUGGAUUCCCAGGCACGAGUUUAUGGUGUGCAAGGACUACGUGUUGUGGAUGCGAGCGCAUUCCCUUUCCUACCGCCGGGUCAUCCCCAAUCAACCGUUUACAUGCUUGCUGAGAAGAUCUCAGAUGCGAUUAUUCAAAAUUCUUAA